AUGAACGGACGGAACAACCCCAGAGCGGUAGCUGCGGCUGAGGCAGCAGUGCAAAAGCUUGCAGGCCCGUCCCGGAAGUCAUCGGUGAUAGGCUCAAAGCAGAAGUGCACUGGAGUCUUCAUCGGUGGCACAAGUUUCGUGCGAGGCAGGAUGGGUGCGGUUGGGUCCUUGACAUGCUGCGACGCGCUGCGCUGCACAAAGUGCGACUUCCGCGUCGAACAGUUUCACAAUCGCGACUGGAGUGACGACGUUGACUACCUUUUCUUCCGGAACAAUUUCCCGACCGAGGCGAAGCUUGCCGCAAAAAUGCGUGCAAGGCCAGGGUCAGUCGCGUACUGCUGCCAGUGCUCCUGGAUGAGCACGGUUGAAGAAAGUAAAUUGGACUUCUCCAGCGAUGUUCGUUGGGUAUGCGCCGGGCACCUUACGGAGUAGCGGUCCAACUAAGCGGCAUGUUGGCACCACGAGCUGUGUACUUGAGCCCGAUGGAGAGCCAUGGAUAUGCAGGACGCGGAACUGCUGGGGAUAUUUACUACAACAUGGCUUUUUCAUCGUUGUGUUCAGCGGUGCUAGCCAACGGGUUCCAAUUUCCCGCUUAAUGUCCCAGGUUUGUGGUACCUGCUAGCAAGCCCGGAACCCCUGGACUUGGUUUAGUUGCAAGCCUGUCCUCGGGUAGGGGAAUUCGAAGCGGCAUACCUGAAUCUCAGCCUGGGAUUCCGGAUAGAGUGGAUAAAGGAGCUGUCGUGAUUUAAGGCAGCAAACUGCCGCACGUGGUCCGUGUCCGCGUUUUGUCUCUGU